AUGGUCAAGGAUGUAAUACCUCAAGUCCUGGUCAUGUUUGAAGACUCGGAACCGUCUGUUCGCGAGGCAGUCUUGAGAGUGGCAUUCCGAGAUAUAAUAAAGGAUGCAGUUCCUCAAAUCGUAGAUAUGCUCAAGGAAUCAGGGCAUGCUCGCCUGCCAGCUUUGAGGGUGAUUGUGCAGCUGGCUCAGCAUGAUAUGGCCAUGGAGGCAAUUCCUCAAGUCGUAGACGCGUUGAGAGACGUACUGUGGGAUGUUCGCCGAGCAAUCGUGACAGCGAUUGGUCAACUGGCUCAAUAUGGCGAAGCUGUAGAGUCACUUCGAAACAAGGUCAAGGAUGGGAUCCCUCAACUCAUGAACAUGUUGAAGGACCCAGAUGUGGAUGUUCGCCUGGAAGCUGUGACAGUAAUUGGGCAACUGGCUCAAUAUGUCGAAGAGUCGUUUAGAGAUGCGACCAAGGAUGCGGUACCUCAACUCAUGGACAUGUUCAAGGACACAGAGCAUAAUGUUCGCCAAGCAGCUGUGAAAGAGAUUUGGAAGCUAGUUCAGCAAGCUGCAGAGUCACUACCGGACAUGGCCAAAGGCACGAUCCCUCAACUCGUGGAGUGUUUCAAACAUUCGGACUCUGGUGCUCGCCACGCGGCUACAAUGAUGUUUAAGCAGCUGCUUCAACAUCAAUAUACCAAUAUCGAGGGUCUAAGAAACCAGUGGCCUACAGCACUGGAACGCCUAUGCUACGAAUCAAACGAAACAAUAGCCAACCCGGCGGCUCAUAUCAUUGGUCAAUUUGCCGAAAACGGAGCUACACAAUCCAAAUUCGACGGUACGACCUUGUGCUGCAUCUAUUUGGGUCGCACUCGCGUCCUACGCAUCGCUUCGGGAACCCCUGUAUGA